AUGUGUAUCACUCUUUCGGGCCGUGCAGCCUAUUGCAACUGUGCAAAACUUCUCCCAGACAAUACGCUUGUCCACUUGUGCGAUGUCGCUCUUGCCAACAAGAGAACGCCAUGCGAGAUGGUGAGCUUCCCUCCACCAGAUCAGUCUCUUACUGAACCAGCUUGUCCUAGGUGCUCUCAGGCGGGACAUAUCAUAGUCUUCAUUAACCCAUCUGUUAGCGGCAAAGCCUCCAUUGGCGGGCGGGACGAAUAUUACAUCCCGGAUGUAUAUGCGGAACUUGAAGCGCAACUCAUCGCAGCUCUGAAUAGUCCGUUGCCCCCUGCUGCUUCGCCCACCGUCGCUGAUAACAAAGCCUUGAUUGAAGCCUUAAAGGAUGCAACAAGUUUUGUCAAGGUCGAACAUGAGGAUACAGAAGAACAAUUCGACGAAGACGGUGCACCAACACCGGGUAGUGAUAACGAUGAAGAUUCUGACGGGUGCCUGGAUCGCUCUCAGACCCCAGUCAAGCUGGGCACCGGGUUCGGUUUGGCACUUGGGCGCUUGUUGUUCAGUAGUUAA